AUGAAAACGAGUCUUUUAACAUUUCUAAGAAUUGGUUUAGUUUUAAUCGGGUGUUUUAUAUUUUACGUCUUGUGGAAUUCAAGAGGUAGGAUGUGUGACCAAACGUUGGACUAUUUCUUCAGUAGGAGUCUGAUAAAGAGGAGGGACGCUGCCGAGGUUAGCUGGUGGCACGCAGCGAACAGCAGAAGCAAGCUGACACAGGCGCUCACAGGUCCUUCUCUCAUGAUUGAAGCUGACAUUAUCAUGAGGGGUCAUGACCCCAAAGAGCCAAUCAUGGCACAUCCGCCUGAUACAGACAGUGACAUCACACUGAGGGAAUGGCUGGAGGGAGUGAAGGAGCACAGCAAGGGAAUAAAGCUAGAUUUUAAGAGCAUGGAGGCUGUGUCACCAUCUUUACUCCUGCUGGAGGAGGUGCUGACUGAGCCAUGCUGUCCCGUGUGGAUCAACGCAGAUAUCUUCUCUGGUCCUGGGGGCCAGGCCAGACCUCUAGAGCAUCACACUUUCCUGUCUGUUGUGACUAAGCUUCCCUCUCACACUGUACUGUCACUGGGCUGGACAACAGGAUGGACUGCUGGGACAGAUAAUCCAGGCUACAGCUGGGAUAUGGUGCAUAUGAUGGAGGAGAUAUGUAGAGACCUUAAACAUCCAGUCACCUUCCCAGUACGUGCAGCUCUGCUGGCCAAGUCCUUCUCCCAGCUGUCAUGGCUGCUGAAGCAGUCAGAUAGGUACACUCUAACAGUGUGGAUGGGCCACAAUGAUGAGUUCUCACUACAGGACUUGCUGCCCUACAAAAAAGAGUUUGGCAUGAGCAGGAUCUACUAUGACCUGCCGGACCCACUAAGAACACAGCUAAUUUCAGCACAAUAAGUAAAAGUAAAUCCAGUGAGAAGCUGACUGGCUCUGCUUCCUCAGCUCUGACAGUGGACUGAAGUGGAACAGUUCUUGCUGCUUAUCUGCCAUCUACUGAUAUUAUAACUGCUAGUUUACUAGCACACUGGUUCUCAGGUUUGGAGAUGUAAGAUCAUUUUAAAGAUGUUUUGACACAUGUACUACUCCCGUGAACUUUUCUGAACAGUAGCCAGUGUAGCUGUAUGUGAAAACACUCUGUCCAAAUCAGUUGGAUUGGACAUUGGACCGACUUUAUCCUCAAGGUCUGUACCUUAAGGUAUAGAGGUUAUCAAAGUCCUUGUCCAAAGUUCAUGUCCAAAGUUGAUUCAAAGUGAAUCAACUCACUGUCACCACUAUUCAGUACUGACGUCCCUAGUUUUCAAGGGCAUAAGCUGUUUGCAGUUAUAAACUACAGAUGGUAAUUUGAAAAUGUUUGUAGGGAGAACGAGAUGGUAAAUGGACUAGUUUUUAUAUGGCGUUUUUCUACUCUUGUUUGCAUUCACCCAGGCACUGUUUUCUAUUUCAAAGUGCUUUCUAUCUAACAUUCACACACAUAUUCAUAUUCCAACGGUUGCAUCGGAGAGCAGCUUGGGGUUCAGAAUCUUGCCCAAGGAUACUUUGGCAUGCAGACCGGAGCAGUCAGGAAGGAACUGAACCACCAACUUCUGAUUAGUAGAUUAUCUGCUCUACCUCCUGAGCCACAGGCACCCAAAAAGGAAUUCUGACCUUGAAGGCUUUCCACUCAAAAAUGAUGUAAGAUGAAUUUAACUAGUUCUGUAUAAAUGAAAUUGACAUGAAAAGAUUCUCCAACCCAGCUGAUGAGAUAUUUUCUGACUUUUCUCUGUUGGUUGCU